UACAUGAAUGCACCAUUUGUCAAAGCAGGUUUCUGUCGCUCCUGAAAGGGAAGAAGAGGGCUCAUUUGCGCUUUGUCUUUUCUAACAUCUUGUAUUUCGUUCACAUCGGUGGGUCGCCUUGUGCGUAAAAACAACAGCCAAACUGCAUUUCUAUUAUAAAAUCUACGCGUAUCUGCUUGUGGUCCUCGUCCUCAAAAUGCUCCAGUCUCUCGCCAGUAAUUCGUGCGUUCGCUUGAUACAAACUCACAAAUCAACGUGGUAUUUUAUUUCUCUGGUAUUGGGUUAUAUUCUUUAUCUGAUAUUUGGUGCGGUGGUGUUUUCCUCCGUGGAGCUUCCAUAUGAAGACCUUCUGCGUCAGGAGCUAAGGGCCAUCAAAAAGCAGUUCCUCCAAGAAAAUGAGUGUAUAUCUGAGGAGCGUCUGGAGCGGUUUUUAAAGAGAGCCCUGGACGCCAGUAAUUAUGGGGUUUCUAUCCUUAAUAACGCCUCGGUUAACUGGAAUUGGGAUUUCACCUCUGCGUUGUUUUUCGCCAGCACCGUCCUGUCCACCACAGGUUAUGGCCACACCGCACCACUCUCAGAUGGGGGUAAAGCCUUUUGCAUUAUCUACUCUGUGAUUGGCAUACCCUUCACCCUCCUCUUCCUCACUGCUGUGGUGCAAAGGAUUAUGGUCUUCAGCACUCGACGGCCCAUCGCGUAUUUCCACACUAACUGGGGCUUCUCCAAACCACUGGUCGCCAUUGUCCACGCAGCCGUCCUUGCCGUUUUGGCUGUUUCCUGCUUCUUCAUUAUUCCUGCUGCCAUCUUCUCUGCGCUGGAGGAGAACUGGAACUUUCUAGAGUCUUUCUACUUCUGCUUCAUCUCUCUCAGCACCAUUGGCCUUGGUGACUAUGUGCCCGGAGAGGCCGCCAACCAGAAGUUUAGAGAGCUCUACAAAGUGGGGAUUACAGUGUACCUGAUCCUGGGCCUGAUCGUGAUGCUGGUGGUGCUGGAGACCUUCUGUGAGCUGCAGCAGUUGAAGCAGCUCAGGAAGAUGUUCUACCUGAAGAAAGAGAAGCCUCAGGACCGCAUGGCCAUUUUGGAGCAUGACCAUCUGUCCUUCACCACCGUGUCUGACCGAAGCCCAGGCCAACAUGAAGAGAAGUCCCAUGGGUUUGAGGGCCUCCACAGCACGCACACUUCACAUGAUGAUCCAAUAUUACAGUAAACAAGCACAACACAAGAAAACACGGUCAGUAGACAUUAUGUUAUUGGGAACAAGGAUUAGUUCAUAGUAACAGCUUGCAUCUGUCACAGUUCUCAUUGCAAUUAAGAUAGAUCAGAUUGUUCAGAUUAUAGCAAAAAGCCAUUUGGCAAUAAGAGCACACCAUCAAUGAUUAGGUAAUAAUUACAGAAAAAGUUAUUAUUGAGUUUGACAUGCGGUUAAACAUUGCUAUUACAUGUAUUCUUUAUCACUGUUUAAUAGAGAACUUAAUUCUGUAGUGUUACCAACUAUUCUAGUAAAAGUAGAAUGACAAAACAUAGGUUACCUAAAAUGCUGCUUAAACAGAAAUGUCAAUAAUAAUGGUACAGUUAACAAACAAGUUAGUCAGCACUCAAAACAAACAUACUCUAAUUUUGAAGUGCUACAUACAUAAGGUAUGGCUGCUUUAUGAAAUGUACAUAAUGAGACAUAUGUGACGCUUUACAGUAACAUUGUGUCUAAUAGUGAAGUAAUUCUACAUGUAAAUACCUAUAACAGAAUGAAGUACUACACAUGAACAAGAGUCCACACUCCAUACAUCUGAAGUCAAAAUGUGUCAGACACUGUAUAUUGUUAGUGUUGCAGUGCAGUUUGUGAUUCUUCCUUGUUGUGAGAACCUCUCUAACUUAUUGAUUUGUAUGAAUGACCUGUUGUGUGUAAAAGGGAAGUGGGAUUAGUCCAGGGUGAAAAGGGAACCACAUAUGGCCUAUCAUUUGCAUUUUACUGUCAAUACAGUGAGCCUAAUUUGCACAUGGACUGCAGCCAGGCAGUAGCACUCGUCUGAAAGGAUUUCUCUAUGAUAUAGAGAGACCACAGUGUCAGAUCUGCUGUUCUCACUUUUGAUAAUAUUUAUAAUAAAUUUGCUGCAUUUGUUAAACUGAAAAUGGGAAAGACUUUUUGCUGUAUUUAAACUGAUUGUAAAGGUAAUAUAUAAAAAAAAAAAAUGUUGCAAAUCUUUUGAAGGUAUCUUUUGAACUUGAAGUCUUAAGAAAGUACAUUUAGCUACUGUGCAUCAUGCAGUUGUUACUGCCACUUGUGAUACUUUUUACAUAUUCAUAUUGUACCUUUAGAAGGCAUAGUAUACGCCUUCUAAAGGUAUAAAUUAUAAUUAUGCUCAUUAUUUUGUGUCAUCUGCUAUGCUAAUUUAAGUGUCUUUAAAAGUAAUCAAAAUGGUGACAUAAUGUUAUUACCUCAUUUUUACAUAGUUCUGUCUUGUAAGUAUUUCAUUUUUGAAUGUAACGCUUUUGUCUGCUUCUGAUCAGGGAAUGUGGUGCACAAAUCGGUACAUAUCAUGUGACAGGUCCUGUGGCGUCAGAGAUGAUCAAUAGUUGAAAACAUGCAAUUACAACAUUGAUGAAAAUAAUAUAAUAAAGUGAAAAAAUAAUAAUUACUCAAGACUAAAUUCUACUUGAAUCUAGGCUAAAUCAUUAUUAUUUAAUGGACAAUUUAAGUAAUUGCCAUUUUCUUUUUAUUUUAGGGAUGCUUUUAUUUAGAGAUUUUGGAUGCUUAGAGCUCAAUUAUGAAAAAUGCAAUAUAUUCUGCAAAUCUACAAGACUCCACAUAGCUUAAUAAUUGCUUGUAAACCUGUCCAUAAUCUCACUGGAACCUGCCCAUGCCUUAAGUUCAGUGUUAUCUGUUAUGUAACAUUGUCAAUGCCUUUACCUUUCAGCAUUACAGCUCGCAGUGUUUGUCUUUCUAUAUGCACUUAGUCUGUGUCACAAAAGGGAAGCAACAAUCUUAUGUUAUUUAUUUAUGCAUAAUGUGAUUCUGCAGUAUUUAAAAGGAUAACUGUCUGUACAUAUGUUUUCUAGUUGAAGUGGCUGUAUGCACAGUGUUGUAGAGUAAUGUGUAAUACAACUGCCGUAACCUACAAGGCAGUCACAGCACCACUUAUGUAAAAAUACAUUUCUGAGUUAAUGAACGCUGUAAAAUAUCGGUGUGACUUGAAUAAAGUGUUGUUUGGCAUACAUUUUA